AGAUGUUGAUGAAUGUGCUUUUGGUACUGACAAUUGUCAUGAUAAUGCUACAUGUAAUGAUACCGAUGGUUCAUUUGAAUGUAGUUGCAAUGACGGAUAUUCAGGGAAUGGUACAAUCUGUGAAAGUAAGUGGACUAUGAAAGCGAUAUUAGAAUGGUGGACUGACUUCGCGGGUUCGCAGAUUUAAGGACUAGCUUCUAUUUUAAAGUCGCUACCGAAAAAGUGCUGCAGUUGCAUGCUAAACUGACAUCAAGCGUUCUAUUUUAUUUUAUCUGGCCGUAUUCAGUUAAGAGAUGUGUCCUUGCUGCAGACUUAGCAUUUCAUUUUCCGAAAGCAUGUAUAGUUCCAUUAUUUUGCUUUGAUUGACAAUUUAUUUUGUGCUUUUAAACCGAUAAUAUCUAAUCCUUAACAUUAUGUUAAAAAUGAAGGCUACGUUCAAGUAUUAAUUUCUUCGAUCUCGCAUUAUUUUAUAAACAGAAUUGCAAUGUAGCUCAUGAAUUUAUUCAUUAAUUAAAACUUUUCAGAUAUUGAUGAAUGUGUAGACAGAUCUCAUGAUUGCCAUUAUAACGCUACAUGUACUGAUACUGACGGUUCAUUCAUUUGUUCUUGUAAUUCUGGCUUCUCAGGAAACGGGACUUAUUGUCAAGGUUGGUUUCAGAAUACUUGCAUAUUGUGAUUUUAUAGACAUUUAGUUCAUAAUUAUUUGACCUUGGUCUAUUGUCAAGCUUUCUCAGACUCUGACACAUGUGCCUGCUGUAGGGCGAUUCCUGUUGAUACGCCCGUCAAUGAUUGGAAAUAGAAGUUCGGAAGAAGUACGCGUGUGAAGAAGUGUUACAUGCUUAGUUAUACCUGAAUUAGCCGACGUCUCCCAGAAUUCAGGAUUAUGCUCAUUUGAGAAUGUAAAACUUGCCAGAGACCUUUGCGAAUGCGAAUCAUGUCACCCGGGUGACAUGUUGAAAUCGUCUUGUGAAACGAUUCUAUCACCCGCUUACGUUAAAUAUGAUGACAUAUUGGGGCGAUUCGAUGAUAAACUUCAUGCUCGCGUAGCAUAAUCUUAGCUUUCUGAUUGGACACUUUCAAUUUAAGGUAUAACUUUAGAAUUUAUUAUAUACACAAGGUUUGGAUAUGAGGAAUUCUGCAAUCUGAUUGUUCUCCAAUAGCAGGAUAUUAGCUCAUAUCCUUUUAGUAGAGAAAAAUAAAAUGGCUGCUCGAAUUAAUUAAACUGAAUUUCCGAUAUUUUGCGAACGAAAAAACGGAAAGUUGUUCGCUUUUUGUAGCCUUUGCAGGAUUAAAACACAAUGAAAAGGUUCCCACAAAUUGUUUGUAGUCUAGGACCUGUAUAUGAGUUUGUAUGCAUUUCAUUUAGCACAGGUAAUCUCAACUGUUGUGGGUAAAAUGACUAUGGCGGUCAACAUGGCAUAUGUGCCAAAACCUGAAUCCGGGGCGAAAGUCCUGAACAUGACCCCGCAAUAAUAAAACGGCAGUGUCGAAAUAGCUCUGACUUCCGAAAAGGAAAAUCGACAGCCUUUCUGAAGUGCUUCUAGUGUGUAGAGGGGUUGAUUUUAGGUGUGGUCAUUGGAAUGAAAAAUUUGUCUACGUAUAAUAUUAAACAAGAAAAUUACCAUGCGCCACGCCAGGUAAACUGCUAAUUAUGCAUAAAAUAACUAAUAUGCCUGGCAGAAGUUAAAUUUUCUUAUCUCCGAAAAAAAAUUAUCAUGGGAUGAAAAUCUAUGCUUAAUUUAAAUUAUUACUGAGGAUUUCAUAACAAUUGUCAUUUUUUUUAAAUAUACUACAUUUUAUUUCAUCUCUGCCCCAUCGAAAACACGAUUUCCGCCAUUUUCUCCCGCCUAGCUUGUUAGCUUUCUAUCGCCGAGUCUUGCAAAUAUCAUCCAGUUAUUGUACUUUUACAUAAGUUUCACGAAGUUUUGAAACAGUGCAGUGUAUUUUAUCUUCGAUAUUGUGUCCUUCGAUAUUUCGUGAAAUAUUGCGCCAUUACAAUGGCAAUGGCUCUUCUCUGUUCGAUAAAUGAUAUUUCUUCGACUUACUAUGCAUUUAGAUGGCAGUAUCCAAGAAUGGUUCGAAUCCAAAAAUUGAAAACAUUAGUUGCACUUGCAUGAAAGGAUAAGACUUCCCAUAAUGUUUGUCCUGCCAAAAUCCAAAAGAAGUAAUUUAAAAGUCACGCGCAAAGUUCGCGAAAACUCCUCGUGGGCUAUAUGACGGGGAUAAAUAUUUUCACGAAACGUUUGAUAGCCACCACAGGAACCUAAGUAGUGCAUUAUAUAUAUUGUAUUUUUAUGAUUUAUGAAGUAAAUACGCAAAUAUUUACUGUUUUUAUCAUAAAUCAUAAAAAUAUAUAUAAUGCACUUAGUUACGUUGCUGUGAAGGCGAACAAACGUUUCGUGAAAAUAUUUACCAUCCUGUCAUGUAGCCAAUGAGGGCUUGCGCGUGACAUUUAAAUUACGUCUUUUAAAUUUUGCUGGUCAAGUGUAAUGGGAGGUCGUUUUCAAUAUUUGGAUUGGGAUUAUUCUACAAUGAAGUAUUUUUGGUUGCUGUAAUCUAAAUGCAUAGGAAGGCGAAGAAAUAGCAUUUAUCACGCAGAGAAGCAGCGAACCAUUAGACUGUCGCCAUCUUUCACGAAACAAUCGAAAGACACAAUAUCCAGGAUAAAAUACACUGCAAUGAGUGAAAACUUAAUGAAACUUCGUUGAAAUCGUCUUUAGCCAUUUAUAAUUAUGUAAAAUUCAACAACUGGAUGAUAUUCGGCAAAAUAUGGCUGAAAUCGUGUUUUCAUGGAGGCCUAAGUGAAAUAAAAUGUAGUAUAUUUAAAGAAAGCAAUGACAGUCUUUAUGAAAUCCACAAUAAUUAUAUUAAAGUAAGCACAGUUUUUUAAUCUAUGAUAAUUUUUAUUAGGAAAUAAGAAAAUUUAAUUUCUUUCAGGCAUAUUAGUUAUUUUAUGCAUAAUUAGCAAUUUGCCUUUGCUUAUUCAAAUUUUUCCUUCCAAAGACCAACCCUAAAAGCAACGGUUCUACACUGUAUGAGCACUUCAGAAAGGCUAUCGUUUUUCUUUUCUGGAAGUUAAAAGUAUGUCGACACUGCCUUUUCAGGGCGGGGUCAUUUUCAGGACUUUCGCCCCGGAUUCAGGAUUUCGCACAUAUACCAUGUUGACUACCAUGGUCAUUUUACCCUAAAACAGUUGUAUUACCGGCUGCCCUAACUAAAGCGCGUACAAACACACAUACAUGUCCUAUUACGUGUUAGCAAACUAAUUUUUAAAAUUUGAAGUUGUUGAAAAUAAUAAUAUAUUUUUCGAAAAAUAUUUAAAAUAUCCGAAAGAAAAGUCCGUGAAUUCAAACCUUGUGUAUAUAAUAAAACACUUGCUCCCGCGCCACUCACUCAAAGCGAUAAGCGAUUUGGCGCCACGCGUGACAUUCGCUAUCAGCUCAUAUUCGACUCGAGUUCGUAGAAUAACUGUUAAAUAUUUAACUUUGUUACAUUGUCUCUAACACUGUAAGUUAGUUAGUAGUUUUUAUUGGUACUCCUAGUUAAUCAAUCUUUUAUCAAUAUAUUUACUCCUAUCCACCUAUUAUUUUAUAUUAUCCACCUAUUAUUUUAUAUUUUUUUAUAUUUUUAUAUUAUUAUUUUAUAUUAUUUUAUAUUAUUUUAUAUUAUAUUAUAUUAUAAUAGAUUUACGUCAAUUUACGUAUUAUUUUAUAUUGUGUUUGUGUAGAUGUUGAUGAAUGUGCUCUUGGUACUGACAACUGUCACGAUAAUGCUACAUGUAAUAAUACAGAUGGUUCAUUUGAAUGUAGUUGCAAUGAAGGAUAUUCAGGGAAUGGUACAAUCUGUGAAAGUAAGUGGACUAUGAAAGCGAUAUUAGGAUGGUGGAUUGACCUGUCGGGUUCGCAGGUUUAAGGAUUAGCUUCUACUUUAAAGUCUCUUCCGAAGAGGUGCUGCAUGCGUUGCAUGCUAAACUGACGUAAAGCGUUCUAUUUUAUUUUAUCUGCCCAUGAAUCGGUUAAGAGAAGUGCCCUUGCUGCAGAGUUAGCAUUUCAUUUCCCGAUAGCAUGUAUAGUUCCCAGGGGUAAUCUUAAUUAUUGGUAAUUAAUAGGUUUAUUAGCAUGACCAUUAAUUUACAGUAUUGCUAAAGCAUUACAAAUAAUAUAUAGAAGAAACUGUGACAAACUAGGACUAUUACAGAUUACUAUUUGUAGAAUGAUUUAUAACAAACUAAUACAAUAUUAAGAUGAAUUAAGAGGAAAGAAAGAAGACAAUUAUACUGUUCACAAAUAAGAUGCUUAUUGCAACCUUUGCUGAUCUGUAUUCCUGGUUUCAAGGUAUUUAAGUUUUUGCUCGAAACAUAAAUAAACAAAUAUUAAAAGUUUGGUUAUGAUUUCACUAUCAGUGGACUUCAUAACGUCAGCUGAUAGGGUUUGAGAGUUUAAAUUGAUCUCGUCAGAUGAAGCAUUCUCUAAUGAACUUCGAAGGUUUGCACGAGUUGCUCAAGAGAGCAGGACAUGGGUUUCAUUUUUCCACUUGUCUUGAAUAAUUGUAGAUUUUACAUAAGCGUUCUUCAUGCACGGGGUAUAUAUUUUGAUAGCACCCGAUCUCAAUUCGGAGGUUAUGGUUGCGGACUCUAAAUCUUGAAAGACAUUUUCUUUUCUAUGGAUCUUUUAUAACUACUAAGUAGUUUUCGAGGUUGUGGUCCGUUUUGAAUGUUGAGUAGAAAGUCAGUUUGGAUGAAUUUUUAAGUUUAUGUUUCCAAAAUGUUAAGUAUUUUUCCUCCAGUGUUUUGGUAAUAGUUUUAAUAUGUUCAGUCACUGCGGCUUCUAAAUUAAGGAUUUCUUCAUUUAGAUUUAAAUUUUUGAUAGUAUUCAUUGCAUUUCUGCAAAAAGACAUUUUCUGCUUGGAGUUCAGAUCUUUCGAGAUUAGAAAAGCUUGUUUCGUAAUGGCUGUUUGGGGAAGUAAGUUUAAGUGACUGAUGUAUAUGAAGACCCUUUUGAAUACGUUAAUGAUGAGAGGGAGUUUUCCAAGCUCAGCUUUGGAGGCAAUGUUACUUGCUUCCCCACUGAUAGCGAGGUAAAUUUUACAGAACUUAAGAUGAAAUUUUUCAAUUGGUGAUUCAUCCUAAUUGUUGAAAUCGUUUUUCACGUAUGUCCCCCAUACUUCCGAGAUCUAUAGGAGUUAUAACGGAAUCAAAUAUUUUAAUGGCAUAUUUGGGGUUGAGAUGGCUAAAAUUGAGUAGUCUUCGUAUACCGUAUAAAGCAUGCAAGUGUUUUUCGCUUAGUUGUUUUAGAUUAAAUUAAAAUUAACAUUGUGAUUUAGUUUGAUUCCUAGGUAACGGUAUUCCUGUACGAUUUUUAUGUUCCGACUUCCAAGAUUAAAAAUUUGGUUUUGCUUUUCCUCUUUGUUUUUUUCAAAUAUCAUUAUUUGCGUUUUCUUCAAAUUUAUCUCUAUAAGUAAUUUUUUCUCCCACAAUGGAGAUUGUCUAGAGAUUUUUGCAGGCCGAAUUUUGAUCGAGAUAAUAAAAUUAAGUCAUCGGCAUAUAGAAGACAACUCAUUUUAGUCCCAUUUGGUAGUUUAAACCAUAGUCACUCAAGUGGAUGGUCUGGAGACUUCCUGAACUUCGGAAGAUGCCGCGCAUAUAUGUUGAGCCAAGCAAACUUAGGGUGUCACGUGGUAAUACACUGUGCACAAAAAUAAAGAUGGCGGGAUGUGAAGAGCCAUGCGAGAAUGAGAUCGUCGCGCUUUUAGAGCCGUUGCACUCGGAUGUUCUAAACAGAGAGGAAGAACUACAACACGCUUUCGAAGAAGCAAUCCAAGAAGUAAGUUGACAUCGCCUUGACUGAAAUGUCGAACAUACUUAGCCAAUAUUUUGUGCGACAUAUUUCUGUACUCUCAGGUUAUAAAAUGGGAUAUAUUUAUAUUUUGAUGAUUUUUCUAUGUAUAUUCAGAUGAUGGAUAGCGAAUUUUGUUGCAAUUUUUGUGGGAAAAAGUCCAAAAGUAAAGCUGGUUUGACGAGGCAUAAAAAUGCAAAGCAUGAAAGACAAAGGAAAUACUGAGUUCUUACAGUAUACGCGACGGCGACAACAAUGACAAUAUAUUCAACAUUGAUGAUUAUUUUAACCUGGUAAAUCAAAGUUGUAAGAGUUUAGAGAAAAAUACUUGCAAUGCAGAAAGUGUUAGGGAACGAUUCAAGGUUUAUGUUUUUAAUAUUGCUGGAAAGGAAGAUAAAGAAAUGUUUCUCAAAUUAAGAAUUACGAAACUGUAUACUCUUUGGUCAGAAAAGGUUGAGUAGUUUACCUUUCCAGUCCUCAGUUUUGCAUGCCACCAGAUUGGCUGACAAGAAUGCAUCCUUUAAGAAAGAUUCCAAUUGUAGUGACAUCAGAACAUAGAUCUACUGUAAAUAUGUUGAAUAUAAGAAGGAAAAAGCAGCAUUGCAAUACCUCGGUGGAUAUGUUCUAUGUAUACUCUACACUAACAAAUUCAAAAGUCUAAAGAUUGGAUGACAAAUUCCAAGCAGCAAGCUGGAAAACACUAUAACAAAUUGUUACUAUAGCAGGAAUUAACUUUAAAAUUGUCAUAACUGAGUCUGAGGAACCCAUCACAGAAAUAUCAAAAACAUACAUUGUUGAUAAUCUGGAAAAAAGUCCUAGGGUAGUGUAGACAGGCUUUUCCACGAGUGGGUAGGGUCUGCUGAUUUUAAAAGUAUCUAAGUAUCCAAAGACAUUUUACACUAAGUCUUAUUACUCUAUAUCAAAGUGAGAUCAUACAGUUUUGCAAAGGAUGUGAUAAAUAAGUGUAAAGCCAAACAGAAGAGUUCAAAGUCAAAGACAUUAAGAAAAGAAAUAAAAAAUAAUUCAGAUGAACCUUUAAUUAAUGACUGAAAACAUGUAGACUUGUCAAUUGUAACCUCCCAAACCUUGGGAAAUGGUGGGGGCAUAUAUUUUAAGAUAUCCAUACUUAACUGUUGCCUGACCCCCUGAGCCAGGCUGACCUGACUAAUCUUGUCAAGUCCCUCAAUCCAUGACGACACAAUUUAAGAAAAUAAAAAAAGUUAUUGAAAAAAUUUAUUUGUCACCAUAGAGAAACAAACAGAAUAUAGAACUUUAUACAAACAAAGAAUAGCACUAACCUGGCUUCUAAUAUUUAGGUCAGACACACACUCAUCGAGACAAUGCGAGCAGGCUGUAUACGAUGGCCCCACAUACCAGGGUCGGUAUCCAUAACAGGAAAAUCCCCUAUUGUGUCAGGUGUAACUAAAUUUCAAAACAGGAAAACACGCCACAUGCCCCACCUUUCCCCUUGGGUCUGGGUUACAAUUGAAAAGUGCGUAAGAUUGACAAAUUUUAUACAUACAUGUAAUUUUGAACUGUGCUGUUCUGUACUUAAAUUUGACAACAACAACAACCAGUAAUAUAUGUUACAAAAAUAUCCAUAAGCGCUUAACUUUUGCAAUAAAAGCUGAUGGUCAAUCAGGUCAAAAACGCCAGUAACGUGGUUUUUAUCAAGGUCAAGAAGGAUUUGGUCUAGUAAGCGAAUUAGAGCAGUUUCAGUCGAGUGACGUUUGCGAAAGCCAGAUUGCAUGCCGUAUAAGAAAUUGUUAUUGGAUAAGUGUGAAUAUAGUGCUUCGUAGAGAUGUCUUUCGUAUAAUUUUGAGAGGAUCGGAAGAACAGAUAUUAGAUAUUAUAAUAAUAAUUUAGGACUCAAUCCAUCAGCACCUGUUGCUUUAUUUGCUGGCAUAGAAUUUAGCAUUUGAAGUACCUUUUCUGGAGAAACAUGUGGAAUUUCAAACUUUAUCUUUAUCUUUGGAGAGUUUAGCAGAGAUUCGUUACAAAAAGUAGACUUUAUAGAUGAUAAGAGACGUUGUGGUUGUCUAACAAAGAAAGGGUUAAAGAUUUCGGCAAUGCUUCUGCUUUCCGUUACAAGUUCUCCGUUUUCGUUUAAUUGACGAACACCGUUGUUUUCUCCCAAUGAUGCUCUUGAUAGAUCUUUAAUCAAUAACCAUAGUUUAUUUGGGUUUUCUCGAUGUUCAUUUACUUUCGAUUUAAAAUAAUUUUUCUUUUUAUUACGGAUUAACUGAGUUACUUUAUUUUUGGCCAGUUUGAAAAUUGACCAGUCAUUUGCGUUGUUGGAAGCACGUGCUUGUUUUAGAAGUCUGUCUCUGAUUUGGAUUUCAUUUGUUAUAUCAUUUGUAGACCAUUUUGGUUGGAUCUUUCGUUUAACUCGUUUCGAUAUUAUUGUUAUGUGUUAAAUAAUAAAAUCCCGCAUAUAUGAACCAAGAAAAUUAAAGAUUUUACAGCCUGGAACUUGUAUUUCACUCUUAGAAACCCAUUUUUAUCAGGAAAAUUGAAAUAUGGAAAAGGUUCUAAUAACAGUUUUGUAAGUGUACUUGCACCUGAUUUUAAAUGCAGGAUUUUACUGCCCUAGGUCUAAUUGUAUAACCUUUUUCGUUUACGCCUGGGUAGUGGUUCAUAUGAAUGUCAUAGGUUGAAAUAAUAUAUGGACAUCUACUUUCCGUAUUCGAACAACAUAUUACGUACAAGUUACAUUCCAGUCAUUUAGUGCAAUUUUUUACACUGCCUGCAUGUCCCUUAAGAUAUAUUAUUAUAACAAGUUGUUGUGGAGGCUGAGAAUCUGUCCUGUACAAGACGUACAAUGAAUCGAUGCUUUCGUUCCUUUUUUCUGGCUUCGUAAUAAAGGACUAAAAGGAGUCGGAUGAAUUGGUUGGUAAUUUUAGGUAGGCAAUGCUCCAUGGAGUCAUGGACAAGCUGCUUCUUGGUCAGCUUUGGCCGUGACCUGAAAAUGAAAUGUUACAAUCAAAUAUAAAUUUCUCUUCAAAAUGUGUAACUGUUUGUUUACAAAUCCAUCGACAGAUCUAUUGCAGAUCGACAGAUCUGCCAAUCAAAGUUCACGAUCAGAGAAUGAGCAUUAAAAACCGACAAGCUUUAUAUAUCGCAUAAUAUGAUUAAUGGGAAUACGAUACCACAAAUGUACGCCGCAGGUUUUAACAAAAUUACUACUAUAAUGUGUUCUAUUUAUACUUCUAAUUGACUUACAAGUAAUGAUUUCUUCGGGAAGAAAGUGCUCGGCAAUCAUAUGGUGAAUCAACGGCCAAAUGCCUUUUAAAAUCUUUGUCUUCAACUCAAUAUAUUUAGUAACGAUGUUCAGAAAAUCCAUAGUGAAAAUCCUGCCGCAAUUUCUUGCUUAAAUCGUCCUUCGCCCCUGGAAGCUUGAAUAGCUCGAUUUCUUUUGUUCCUCGGUUUGUUUGCAUUGAUUUAAUGCACAAUUGCCACCCGGCAUCAAUAAAAAAUAAAAUUUUCCUCAUUUUAAUUGCAAAAUUGUGUAUAGUUUGUAUCAGGCCUCAGUUUGUAUAUUGAAAUAUGAUAUGAAAACACAUGCGGAUGUGCUCGGUGAUGAUGACGUCACGGCACAAAUUCUCGACAAAAGGAUAAUGCCGACAGAUUCCGAAGUCUGCAGACCAUGCUCUUGAGUGACUAUGUUUGAACUGAUCAGCAGCUGUAUUAUCAAAUAAUAUUGCUAAUUCGUUUAUAUAGAUGUUAAAUAAAGAGGGACUCAAAAUACACCCUUGACGUACUCCUUCGGAGUAAGAGAAAAAUUCAGUCAUUUAUUUUGCUUUCAUUUACGGCGCAUUAAGAGUUUGAAUAUAGGCUUUUAAUAAGGUUGUGGAGGUGGCCAUCAAUUUUGUUUUCAAGCAGUUCUAAAAAUAGGAAUUCGUGCCAAACGGAGUCAAAGGCUUUUUUAAAGUCCACAAAGCAUGCAUAGAUUUUUUCGUUUUUCUGAUUUAUGUGUUUGGCAAUUAUUGUUUUUAAGGCGAAAAUAUGGUCAGCUGUUCUGUGGCCUGACUCAAAUCCGAUUUGGGAGAGGUGAAUUAUGCUUCUAUCAAUGCUAAAUUUACUUAACUGUUGAUUUUAAAUAGUACAAAGGAAUUUAGUGAGACAGCAGGUCACGCAAUUUCCUCUGUAGUUAACCGGGUCAGUUUUAUCUCCUGACUUAAAAAUUGGCGUAAUGAGCGAGAAGACCUUCUGACCAUUGAUCUGGGAAAUGCCCUGCUUUAAAACGAGGUUAAAAAGUUUAUGAUAUAAUUUAGGUAAUAUUUUGACGCUAUGCUUUAGCAUUUCGUUUUUACCCUGUCGAAAUAAGCAGAUUUGUUGUUUUUUAAUGUAUUUGCAGCACUCAAAACGUUCGCUUCAGAAACAGGUUGAUCAAGACAAUUAUUUUGUGUUUUUUCUUCAAGUUUUGUUGAUUUUUGUAAAAUGUUAUUCUGUUCUGUUUCUAAUGUUCGUUUAGCAUACAUGGAUUGAAAUUGAGCGAGCCAACUGCUAGCAAACACAUCUGGUUUUCUCAUGGAAGGGUCCCCAAAGUCAUCACUCAUUUUCUUCAAGAGUUUCCAUCAGGAAUUUGGGUCAUCUUCAGAAACUCUUUCCAGUUCGUCUAGUUUAUUUUUCAUGGAAAAGUUAUUUUUUGCGUUUAGAGUGUUUUUACAAAUCUUAAGUGUGGCAUGGUAUUUGUCCCUUAUUUCGACGUUAAAGGGAUCAUGAUGUUUUUGGUUUGCGAGUCUUCUUACUGAAUGUCUUUGUAGUCGACAUUCUUUGUCGAACCAUUUUUCAUUACAGACAUUGGAAGCUUUAUUUCUGCAUUUCUGCUUUUUGAUUUUCAUGGAUUUUUUAGCAGCAUGCACAAUUAAAUCUUCUACUUUUGAGGCAAGCAAGUUGACAUCUUCCUUUGAAGGAAAUGGAUUGGAAAAAUUAAUGAAGUAUUGAAGAUUUGGUUGAGUUUGAAAUGAUUUAAGAUUUUCUGUAAACUUAGUAAUUGAGUCUUUGUCCCGUAUGAAUUGUUGUGGAAGCUUAUGUGUUUUAGAUUGUUGCGUGUCAGUAGUCUCACUGAGACCCAGCGGGUAAAAUGACGUUGGAAUAGACCUUCCAGACGUUGGAUAGACGUUGAAAAAGGGUUGACUAUGCAAAAAAUUGGAUCGACGUUACUGUUUCGACGUUGAAACAACGUUGAAAUUAGGUUACCAAUCUCGUCAACCAUAAUUCAACGUUGAAUCCAUGUUAAAACAACGUUGAGAUUGGUUCACAAAUCGACGUCGUAUAUUUAACCGUGAAUGAACGUUAAUUCAACGCCUGUUGGCUGCUGUUGAACCAAUGUUUGUAAAACAACGUCAGAGCAACGUAGAUAUUAGGUUGUCGACGUCGCAACCUUUUUUCUACCAAAUUUCAACGUUGAAACAACGUCGUGUGCCCGGUGGAGAGGGACAUGAAUAGAGGCUCUUUUAAUCCAUGUUGCUAGUUGACUAUGGUCAUAUAGAUAAAUUGGAGGUUUGACAAUAAAGUUUUCAGUGGUUUGGAUUAGUUCAUGGCCACAAAUUAUGUAGUCAACCACACUUGAGUCUUUUUGCCUGUGCGAAGUGGGUUUUUACUAAAUGAGUCAUAAAGGGUUCUACCAUUCAGGAUUCUCAGAUUGCAGUUUUUGCAAAUCUCAAUCAGAUAUUUGUCAUGUUUAUUAAUAUAAUUGUCAGAACUUUCCCUCAUUUUUGGUUGAAAAGAGUUUCAGUAAUAUCGUUUAUGAAGGUAUAUCCUUCUUUUCAGACAAAAUGUCCAAGUUUGCUGUACGGGCAUUAAAGUCCCCAGCAGCAUAACAUUUCCUUUUUUCGGAGAAAUACACUACAUCAUUUUCCAGGUCAUCAAAUAUGUCCUCGUUAAAGUAACAUAAGUUUUGAGGACGAAUAUAGACUCCGCAAAUAAAUAAGUCCUUUGUCGUUGUCUAUUCGACACCACAAGAAAUUUUUAGUUCGUUUCUCGAGAGAAAUGAUAUUUUCAAACUAAUUUUUGAAAAGAAGCGAAAUUUCUCCAGACAGACGGCAACAGGAGUUUGAUUUAGCUAGGGUUGCCAUAAGUGAGGAUACAGCCUUGAAACCAAGAAUGCUAUUAAUUUUUUAAGCCAUAUUUCAGUUAAAAAGAUCAAAUCAUGGUCUUUUACAUUAUCUAUGAGAUCAUUAUUCCUUAGCUUAUCAACAAGAGUAUAAUGCUCUAAAUAAUUUAUAUUUCAGUAUUUAGCACUUAUUGAUAGCCUAGAAAACAUUCUCUGCAAGUUUUCAAAUAAUUGGAAAAGGUUGGGCGUAGGAAGCAUCAAAAAGGUUGGGGGCACCGUUUCGAGAGGCACUUUUAGAAUGGAAAGGACACCUUAAAAAUUUUUGCCGGAAAUGUUGGUCACAAGGGAAGGGAGAGGGGGGUUGAGCAGGAAAAAUAAAUGCCAUCAUUAAUCAAACGGCAUUUAGGCUGACUAGCCGAUGAGAUCAAAUGAAAGUGACACCAAGAAUUAAGGCAGUUUGCGGGUUGUUUUAGCACACCGAUUUCUGGUUCAGAAAGGCCCGAUUCGCAGCCAAAGAGUGCGCCGGCAGCAGGCUGGUCAUUUCUCAUUGUUCAGCUGCUCCACUCUCAAGUAACCACAAAAACCCAAAGAUAUUGCUUUGCAACAUCCGUAAGUCAAAAAUGCAACCUGAACAACAUUUUUCACAAAGGAAAAGGGCAUUUUGCCACCGGAAAAAGGGCACAUGCACUCUUUCUGUUAUCUAAAGACUUGGUGGGGCCUUGGCCCCUGGUUUCUACGCCCCUGAUAGUUCCAUUAUGUUGUUUUGAGUGACAAUUUAUUUUGGGCUUUUAAAUCGAUAAUAUCUAAUCAUUAACAUUAUGUUAGAAAUGUAGGCUAAGUUCAAGUAUUAAUUGUUAUGACAACGCAUUAUUUCAUAAACAGAAUUGCAAUGUUCCUCAUGAAUUUAUUCAUCAAUUAAAACUUUUCAGAUAUUGAUGAAUGUGUAGACAGAUCUCAUGUUUGCCAUUAUAACGCUACAUGUACUGAUACUGACGGUUCAUUCAUUUGUUCUUGUAAUUCUGGAUUCUCAGGAAACGGGAUUUAUUGUGAAGGUUUGUUUCAGAAUACUUACAUAUUGUGAUUUUAUAGACAUUUAGUUCAUAAUUAUUUGACCUUGGUUUAUUGUCAAGCUUUCUCAGACUCUGCUGCAGGGCGAUUGCUGUUGAUACGCCCGUCAAUGAUUGGAAAUAGAAGUUCGGGAAAAGUACGCGUGUGAAGAAGUGUAACAUCUUUAGAUAUACCUGAAUUAGCCAACGUCUCCCAGAAUUCAGGAUUAUGCCCAUUUGAGAAUGAAAACUUGCUACAUACCUUUGCGAAAACAAUGUUUUAUUUUCCGAUUAACGCCAGCAUUGUUGCUUUUCUUUCGGAGUAAGUAUCGUUUGAGAUAUUGAUGACAACAUUUUUCAAAAAUUCCUUCAAACUUUUCAAGAGGUUCAUGUUAUUUUUGCAUAUUUUUCGACCAUAUUGUUUCUGUGAUCGCCGCUCGAGGUUUAGGCAAAUUAUCUGACCCGGGUGACAUGAUCAAAUCGCCAUGUGAAAUGGCUCAAGUCACAUCAAAUAUGAUGACGUAUGGUUUGAUUCGAUGAUGAACGUUUGAGGUACAAUAUUAGAAUUUAUUAUAUACACAAGGUCGGGAUAUUAGGAAUUCUGCAAUCUGAUUGGUUUUCUACUAGCAGGAUAUUAGCUCGUAUUCUUAUAGUAGAGAAAAACAAAAUGGCGGCUCAAAUGAAUUAAACUGAAUUUUCGAUGUUUUGCGAACGAAAAAACGGCAAGUUGUUCGCUUUUUGUAGCCUUUACAGGAUUAAAACACAAUGGAAAAGCUCCCACAAAUUGUUUAUAGUCUAGGACCUGUAUAUGAGUUUGUAUGCAUUUCAUUUAGGACAGGUAAUCUCAACUGUUUUUGGGUAAAAUGACUGUGGCGAUUAAUGUGGUAUAUGUGCCAAAACCUGAAUCCGGGGCGAAAGUCCUGAAAAUGACCCCGCCCUAAAAACGGUGUGUCGACAUAGCUCUAACUUCCGAAAAGGAAAACUGAUGCCUUUCUGAAGUGCUUAUAGUAUGCAGAAGGGUUUAUUUUCUUUUAGGGGUGGUCAUUGGAAUAAAAAAAUGUUUAAGUAUAAUAUUAUAGAAGAAAAUGUCCAUGCGCUACCCCAAGUAUGCAUAAAAUAACUAAUACGCCUGGCAGGAGUUAAAUUUUCUUAUCUCCGAAAAAAUAUAUACAUCAUGGGAUGAAAAACUAUGCUUAAUUUAAUAUAAUUAUAAGGAUUGUCAUUGUUUUAUUUUAAAUAUACUACAUUUUAUUUCACUUACCCCCUAUCGAAAACACGAUUUGCGCCAUUUUCUGCCGUCUUGUUCGGUUUUUAUCGCCGAGUCUCCAAAAUAUAAACCAGUUGUUGUACUGUUACAUAAUCACAAAAUGGAUAACGAAGAUUUCAACCAAGUUUCACGAAGUUUUGAAAAAGUGCAGUGUAUUUUAUCUUCGAUAUUCUGUCCUUCGAUAUUUCGUGAAAUAUGGAGCCAUUACAAUGGCUCGCUGCUUCUCUGCCCAAUAAAUGCUAUUUCUUCGACUUACUAUGCAUUUAAAUGACAGUAUCCAAGAGUACUUCAUUCUAGAAUAGUCCAAAUCCAUAAAUUGAAAACAUUAGUUGCACUUGAAAGGAUAAAACUUUCCGUUAUGUUUGUCUGCCCGAUAAAUGCUAUUUCUUCGUCUUCUUAUGCAUUUAGGUUACAGUAUCCAAGAGUGCUUCAUUGUAGAAUAGUCCCAAUCAAAAAAUUGAAAACAUUAUAGUUGCACUGGAAAGGAUAAAACUUCCGAUAAUACUUGUCCUGUCAAAAUCCAAAAGAAGUAAUUUAAAAGUCAGACACAAAGUUCGCGAAAACCCCUUUUGGGCACAGAAUACUACACAGAAGAACAGGUGGGAAAUUUGUCUGAGCAUGCGCGAGUAAAAUGGGUCACGCAAUUGUGUGGAAUACACGCAACGCGUGUUUACAAAAAAGCACAAUCGUGUAAAUAUUGCAAAAUGUUUGUACAAAAUAAAUGACUGUUUUAUGUUGAAAGAGUGGACAUGAUCUAAAUCAUACAUAAAUUUUAGUCACGUUCUAUUUCAGUACCCUGCCAUUGUCUCUGGUGGGCUGUCCGUCUGCAUUCGAUCUGAAACAGUUGCUACUUUGCUGUCGAAGAAUUUCGAAUGUUUACAUGAAAAUAGAGGCAAGUCAUGCAUUUUACAACCUCUUAAACUGUAUGAGCCCCUAUUUUUACGCUUAUACCUAAGAUAUCAAAUAAAAGUACAUGAAACAGAGAACAUUUGUAGAAAGUUUUAUCGUGAGGUCACGGCCAGUUUUUAAAAUAUCUUUAUUUCUGUUCCGGUCAUCACCAAAAUUACACAAAAGCCGGGCUUGGAUAUACAACAAAUUUUGAAUCGCAUCAAGCACAAAAAUACUUAACGUGUAACCAAAAUAUGCUCAUGAAAUCGAAAUUAAUAGCUAAAUUUUCAAACUAGACCCUUCUCGAAGCGGUUUUCAUGAAGGAAGUUCACAUUUCGGCCUUUGAUUCUUGGCAAAAAUUUGACCACAACACGUGCGAAGCAACUGGGUCUCGAAGACUGAACUAAAACAUUGUGAGCCCCUAUUUUCCUGACGAUAUGUUUGAUACCUACAAACGCCGAAAACUUUUUUCUUUUCAUUUAGCUAUAUUUGAAAUUGAGGCCACGGGCUAUUUUUGAGAAAAUACAGUUCAAAGUCAAGCUAUUUUUACAUAUUUUCAAAAUUUGUCAAAUUUCGCGAGCUUGUAUUUUGAACUUAGACAGCUGAAGUUACAUUAACAAACAUAGGAUGGAAAAUUUGAGGCAUAUAAAGUUAAUUUCAACUUACAUUUCAUUCUCAAAUCACGUCUUUCUUCGUUCAUUACGGUUUUAAACAAGCCAUAGAUCGACGUAUACGGUAUUUACUCCCAUGUUCACGUCGCCAUAUUAACUUCUUCCAAUCACUCGAUUACAAAACAAUCAUUCCAAAACAAAGAAUUCAUGAUCGACUUUUAAAAGAAUAACCAAUAAUUUGUAAAUCGUUGAAUGGAAAGCAAAAAAUCGUCAGCUAAAAAACAGCUUCUUGCUAACUUUCUGCUUUGUUUUGAAUGUAAAUGCAAUGAGCUUUGUUUCUGCCCGCAAUUUUUUGGUCAGCGACGACAAAUUUCCCACCUGUUACACAGAAGUCCAUCUCCAUUGUUUUUUUGCGUGAGCGUUAUUCGUAAUAAUUCGUCACUUAGCAAGUACCGUAAACAGAAUCGGUUACCCCCUGAAAAUACUAAAAAUGGCGCACGUCUAGGGAGUGACUGCUUCUGUUUACGAUACUUGCUGAGUGACGAAUAACGCUUACGCAAAAAACAAUGGAGAUGGACAUCUGUUUAGUAUUCUAUGUCGUGGGCUACAUGCCGAGGAAUAAAUAUUUUCACGAAACGUUUCUUAGCCUGUACAGAAUUCGAAGUAGUAUAUAUUGUAUUUUUAUGAUUUAUGAAGUAAAGGCGCAAAUAUUUACUGUUUUUAUCAUAUAAUAUAUAUAUAUAUAUAUAUAUAUAUAUAUAUAUAUAUAUAUAUAUAUAUAUAUAUAUAUAUAUAUAUAUAUAUAUAUAUAUAUAUAUAUAUAUAUAAUGCAUUUAGUUACGCUUGUGUGAUGGCGAACAAACGUUUCGAGAAAAUAUUUACCAUGCUGUCAUGUUUUGGCAGGCCAAGUGUAAUGGGAGGUCGUUUCCAAUUUUUGGAUUGGGAUUAUUUUAAAAAUGAAGUAGAGGGUACUCUUGGUUUCUGUAAUCUAAAUACAUGGCAAGACGAAGAAAUAGCAUUUGUCGCCCAGUGAAGCAGCGAGCCAAUGGAAUGGCGUUAUCUUUCACGAAAUAUCGAAGGACACAAUAUCGAAGAUGAAAUACACUGCACUGUUUCAAAACUUCAUGGAACUUCGUUGAAAUCGUCUUUAGCCAUUUAUAAUUAUGUAAAAGGACAACAACUGAAUGAUAUUUCCGAAACUCGACGAUAAAAAGCAAGCAACGAGGCAAAAUAUGGCUGAAAUCGUCUUUCCGUGGGGAGUAAAUGAAAUAAAAUGUUUUACAUUAAAGAAAACAAUGGCAAUCCUUAUUAAAUCCACAAUAAUUAUAUUAAAAUAAGCAUAGUUUCUCAUUCUAUGCAUGAUAAAUUUUUUUAGGAAAUGCGAAAUAUUUAUGCAUAAUUAGUAAUUUACCCAGGAUGUCCAUGUCAUUUUCUUGUAAAAUAUUAUACAUAUAGACAAAUUUUCCUUCCAAUAACUACCCCUAAAAGCAACAGUUCUGCACACUACAUAGCUUGGAUUUAUAUUCUUAGCUAAUCAAUCAUUUACCAAUACAUUUACGUCAGUUCAUGUAUUAUUUUAUUUUGUGUCUGUGUAGAUGUUGAUGAAUGUGCUUUUGGUACUGACAACUGUCACGAUAAUGCUAUAUGUAAUAAUAUAGAUGGUUCAUUUGAAUGUAGUUGCAAUGACGGAUAUUCAGGGAACGGUAUAAGCUGUGAGAGUAAGUGGAAUAUGAAUGCGAUAUUAGGAUGCUGGAUUGACUUGUCGCCAGUUGUCGGGUUCGCAGGUUUAAGGAUUAGCUUCUAUUUUAAAGUCGCUACCGAAGAGGUGCUGCAGUUGCAUGCUAAGCUGACAUCAAGCGUUCUAUUUUAUUUUAUUUUAUCUGGCCGUGAUUCGGUUAAGAGAAUUGUUCUUGCUGCAGAGUUAGCACUUCAUUUCACGAUAGCAUGUAUAGUUCUACUAUUUUGUUCUGAAUUUAUUUUGUUCUUUUAAACCGAUAAUAUCUAAUCCUUAAGUUUAUGUUAAAAAUGUAAGCUACGUUCAAGUAUUAAUUCCUUUGAUCUCGCAUUAUUUUAAAAAACAGAAUUGCAAUGUAGCUGAUGAAUUUAUUAAUCAAUUAAAACUUUUCAGAUAUUGAUGAAUGUUUAGACAGAUCUCAUGAUUGCCAUUACAACGCUACAUGUACUGAUACUGACGGUUCAUUCAAUUGUUCUUGUAAUUCUGGCUUCUCAGGAAACGGGACUUACUGUCAAGGUUGGUUCCAGAAUAUUUGCAUAUUGUGAUUUUAUAGACAUUUGGCUCAUAAUUAUUUGACCUUGGUUUAUUGUCAAGCUUUCUCAGACUCUAACACAUGUGCCUGCUGUAGGGCGAUUGCUUUUGAUACGCCCGUCAAUGAUUGGAAAUAAAAUUUCUGCACAAGUACGCGUGUGAAGAAGUGUAAUAUGCUUAGAUAUACCUGAAUUAGCCGACGUCUCCCAGAAUUCAGGAUCAUGCCCAUCUGACAAUGUAAAACUUCCCACAUACCUUUUCAAACGCGAAUCGCCAUCUGAGAUGAUUCAAUCACCUGCCUACGUCAAAUAUGAUGACAUAUGGUGCGAUCCGAUGAUAAACUUCAUGCUCACGUAGCACAAAUUUAGCAACACAAAAUGGUCGCUAUCAGCUCAUAUUCGACUUGAGUUCGUAGGCCUAGUAUAACUGUUAAAUAUUUCACUUUAUUACAUUGUCUCCAACACUAACGCAAUUUUAAUUGAUACUCUUAGUUAAUCAAUCUUUUAUCAAUACAUUUACUCCUAUCCACCAAUUAUUUUAUUUUGUGUUUGUGUAGAUGUUGAUGAAUGUGCUUGUGGUACUGACAAUUGUCGCGAUAAUGCUACAUGUAAUAAUACAGAUGGUUCAUUUGAAUGUAUUUGCAGUGACGGAUAUUCGUGGAAUGGAACAAGAUGUGAAAGUAAGUGGACUGAAAGCGAUAUUAGGAUGGUGGAUUGACAUGUCGAGUUCCCAGUUUUAAGGAUUGGCUUCUAUUCUAAACUCGCUAUCGAAUAGGUGCUUGCAUGCCGAACUGACAUCAAGCGUUCUAUUUUGUUUUAUCCGGCCGUGAAUCGGUUAAGAGAAGUAUCUUACUGCCGAGUUAGCACUUUAUUUCCCGGUAGCAUGUAUAGUUCCAUUAAUUUGUUUUGGAUGGCAAUUUAUUUUGUGCAUUUAAACCCAUGAUAUCUAACCAUUAACAUUAUGUUAAGAAUGUAUAGGCUAAUUUCAAGUAUUAUUUGCUUUGAUCUCGCAUUAUUUUAUAAACAGAAUUGCAAUGUAGCUCCAUGGAUUUAUUCAUCAAUUAAAACUUUUCAGAUAUUGAUGAAUGUGUAGACAGAUCUCAUGAUUGCCAUUCUAACGCUACAUGUACUGAUACUGACGGUUCAUUCAUUUGUUCUUGUAAUUCUGGCUUCUCGGGAAACGGGACUUAUUGUCAAGGUUGGUUUCAGAAUACUUGCAUAUUGUGAUUUUAGAGACAUUUAGUUGAUAAUUAUUUGACUUUGGGUUAUUGUCAAGCUUUUUCAGACUGUAACACAUGUGCCUGCUGUAGGGUGAUUGCUUUUCAUACGCCCGUCAAUGAUUGGAAAUAAAAGUUGUAAACGAGUACGCG